AUGAAUAGCAUUGAUAGUUAUUAGAGUAAAGCUACAAUAAAUGCAUAAUCAAUUAUUUCUAAGAUAGCCACUCGAAAUGGAUAAGCCGAGUAAGUUCAUUAAAAUCUAAAUUAGCAAUGGCUCUUUGAUUACAGCUUUAGAUGAAGAAACUGUUUCAGCUGCUUGGAAUGCAUUUGGUACUUUAUCGCUUAUUAUCAUUUAGGUCUUCAUAUUUCAAGACAAUUACGUAUGGGUAGAGGAGUGGCAGUCAACAAAUUUGGAACUUUUUCAUUUAGUGCUCCUGAUGUAAUUUUAGAUGGAGUAACAAAUCCAGGAGAUAGAGAUAAACAACCCCGUUAACCAGUUUUCCUUGUUGCUAAAGUAUUUUAUAUUAAAACUUCAAGGAAUUCGUUAAUGGUUUUAAUCUCAAAACUGCCAUAGCCAUUGGUCGAUAAUUAAGACCAUAUAAAGUUUAAACAUCUGGUAAAAUUUAACAUACAAUUGUCAAUUGGGCAGAAAUUGCGCUCUAUUCUUCAUAGAAUAAAGACUCUGCUAAAAUGGCUGUAGAAAGAGUGUUAAAAUCAUUAUCUGAUAUUGUGCGAAAUGUAUUUUAGUAAUCAAUUAAAUCUAGAGAGACAUUGUUGAAGUAGAAAUACCAUGUGUUGGCACUUUCUUUGUCAAAGCACAUUGUGCUGCUGUUUAAUUCCUUGAGUCUUUGAUGGAUAGUUGUAAAGUAAUAAAUAUCUUAUUAUUUAAAGGAAAUUACAAAAAGACCCUUAUCAGAACGAAAAUCUAAAGGUGAUAUGAGACUUACUCAAUAAUAUUUACAAUAAUUAAGUAAGAGUACACAUCCAGAGGAAAAUAAUUUUAAUAUUGAUGAUAAUGCAAAAAAUUAUCUCACUAAUUCAUUAGGAAUAGAACUACCAGAAACUAGACCUAAAACAGCUAAAAAUUCUUUAUAUUCAACUAAAAAAGGACCACUUACAAGUAAAACUGUAAUUAUUAACCUUAUCAUAUUAUCAGAUUGAAGUUAGACCUAAUACACAAUAAAAUUCUAGAAUAGGAUUCUCCAGAUCUGUUAAUGAUAAGAUUUAUGCUCUUGAAAGAUUAAAAUUUUAUAUUAGAGAUCAUGCCUUAAAUAUUGAAGAUGUAAAAUUUCAUAAAUUAUUCAUAGUCCUUUUUAGAUGUAUGCUAAUAAGCUUUUGGAAAAACUAGUGAAAGAAAAGUUAGGAUGAAUUUUGAUGAUUUUAAAAGAGCUGUCUUAUAGAUAUAAUUACCUCUUAAUGAAAUACAAAUAAUUACAUUAUUUUAGGUACUUGAUGUUAAUAAUGAUGGAUUUAUAGAUAAAUUUGAUUGGCUCAAAGCAGUUGUAGAUAAAAGUAUAUUUAUUAAAUAUUAAUUGAUAGAAUCUCAUGUAAAUUAUAUUAAAGAUGUUGUCUUUAAAUUUUAAAUUCACACUGACGAUUUAUUAUAAAGAAUGAAUUUAAAUAGGGAUCAUCCUCCUAUCAAUGUUCAAUAAUUGAAAUCAGCUUUAAUGCAUUUAGAUGAAUCAUUAAACUAACAUAAGGCAUUAAAGGUAGCUAAAGAAAUUUUGGAUGGAAAAGAAACAAUUAGCAUGAAUGAUAUUUUAAUACUAUUUAGUACUGUUGAGGAAGAGGAUAAAUUGUAUGAUCUCUCCUGGUUUAAAGAUACUCUUCAUAAAAUGAGAGAUCAUCUAAUUAAUCCUUAGAAAUUAAAAGUUUUAAGAUAAUCCUUUGAAUAUUUUGAUGAACACUAAGAAGGUAAUCUUGAUACAGCUAAUUUUAAAACUGUUUUAAUGGAGAGUUAAUUGGGAUUAAAUGUUUAAGAUAUUAAUAGAUUAGUUCGUUAUCUUCCUAAAAAUAGAGAAUCUUUAAUAAAUUAUUAUGAUUUUAUUUCAAUGAUUAUGGAUGUUAACAAAUAAAUGGAUUAAAAAGAUACAGCCAAAGAUCUUGUUGAUUUUGCUUAAAAGAUAAGUAAGUAUUUAGCUCAAAAGAAAUAUACAGUUAUUCAAUUUUUACAGUAAGUAAAAUCAGGUUAUGGCUCAUGCAAUAUUGAAUCAACUUCUUAAUAUCUUUAAAAAAAUCUCUUUACAUAAUUACCUCAUGAAGAAUGUUUAGAAUAUUGUAGAGAAAUGGAUGUUGAUGGUAAUGGAGUUGUAAGUGAUGAUGACAUGAAUAUUUUCAUUAAAAGAUACUCCUACUUUAAUAUUAAGAAAGAUCAAUCUUAAAUCGAGUAAAUAGCUGAAAACUUAAAAAUUAAACCUUAAUUUGGUGAUACUUUUACAUCUAUUGAGAAAACAUUUGUUCAAUCAAAAUCUAUCGAUUUAGUAACUAUGGGUCAAAAAAAAAUGUUUUAAUCCUUAGUUGAUGGAAUGAAUUAAUCAAAAAGUCUCUUUCCUAUAGAAGAAUUACCAGAAUCUAAAUUUGAUCAAAUUCUGAAAGAUUUACGUACAAAAUUAAAUAGAAAGGGAAUGUCAUAUGAGGAGCUUUUUACAUUUUUAGACACAGAUCAUAAUGGAUUUUUAUCAAUAAGUGAAUUUUAUAAUAUUGAUAAAAUAAUGACAUUAAGCUAACCUGCUAAAGAUGGUUUCUUUGCCUUUAUGGAUAAAUAAAGAAUUGGUUUAAUAGAUUUAAAUACUUUUUUAAGAUUUUUAAGUAAAUCAAUAAUUUAACAGAUGCCUUAACUUUCUGAAGAUGAUUGGGAUUGGGAAUUAGAAAUAUUAUUUAAAAUAAGAAAUUGGUGUUAAAGAGAGAACAUUACUUUAGAAGAUGCAUUCAGAACUUUUGAUAAAGAUUUUGAUGGAUAAAUCAACAAAACAGAUUUAAGAACAUUUUUGAAAGAUAUUUUGAAGAUAGAAGAGAAAGAGAUAACAGAAGCAAAAAUAAAUAGAUUAUUUAAAUUAAUGGAUUAAUAUAAGAGAGGAAAAAUAACAUUAAUGGAUUUUAGAAGAUUUGUAGAAGAAGGAUUUUUUUAUGGUAAAAAUAAAUAAAUAUUUGGAUAAAGUACAAAUUAAGCUGCUAAACAAUAAUAAGAAUCUAGAUCAUCAUUUGAUUGGAAAAUGAAUGCUAGAUAAUAGAUAGGAUUAAUAAUAAGUAGACAUUAUCCAAAUGUGAAAGAAUCUUUUGAUAUAGUUUCUGGAUAUCGUAAAAAAUUAGUAUUCUAGAAAUUCAAAAAAUGGAUAGAUGAUAAAAAUGUAUUGGCAGGAUUUGAUUUAACAGAGAAAUUAGUUUAUGAGAUAUUUUCAGAUUUAGAUUCUCAUAAGAAAGGAUAUUUGGUAGAAUCAGAUUGGUUGAAUGCAUUUGCUUAAUAUAAUUGGUAAGAUUAAAUGAUAAAGGAGAUUUAAGAUGCAUUGACGACUUAUUUUUCUAGUAUAUAAAAUGCAAUCCAUUAUUUUUAAAUGGAACAUAGUCAUAUAAUUACUAAAGAGAGUUUUUCUAGGGCUUUGUAGGCUCUGUUUCCUAAGAGAUUUGUUGAAGGAGAUAUAGAAAUUCUAUGGAAUAGAGUUUAAAAGAAUGGAUCAUUAAGUAAUUAAGCAUUUGCACUUAUUUUUGGAAAAGGAGGCAAGGUUUAUGAAUAAGCAGAAGGAUAGUCGUAACAAUUAGCAAUUCGUCCUGCUACUUAAGGGUAUUUAUUGAUAUUUAUAUGUUAGAGGAUUGUCUACAUUACCUUAAGAUGAAAGAAAUUAAGUUAAUAUUAGUUUAUUAGACAAAAUUAGAAGAUUUUUAAGAAAUUCAAAUAAAAAUAUUAAUGAAUUAUUUAAAUAGUAUGAUUUAGAUGAUACUGGAUUUAUUACAAAUUUGGAAUUCAGAUAAGUUAUUAGAAAUUUGAAUAUGGGAUUAACAUUUUAAGAUAUUGAUAUUUUAUCUGCUAUGCUUGAUACUAAUAGAAAUAGCAUGGUAAAUUGGAAAGAUUUUUCAAAGAAAUUAGACUUUAGAUAAGCUGAUAAUAAAAUUCUUGAAAGAGCAGGAAUACAUUUAUAAAGAGUUAAUGAUCAUAUUUAUCAUUAUUUAUUAUCCCCUAAAGAUGCUUUUAGAUAAAUAGAUGCUUAACAUACAGGAUUUUUAACUUUUGAUAAAUUUAAAGAUAUGAUUGAAAUGUUAUAUAGAUUAGCUACUGAAGAUAUUCCACCAUUUGCAAUUAUCAAAGAUUUAUUUGAAUUUAUAGAUAAAAGAAGGGAUGGUCAUUUAGAUUUGACUGAAUGGAUGGAUGCUUUUUCUAAAUUUAGUAAUCCUAAUGAAAAAAAGAGGUUUUUAUUUAUAAUUAACUUUUUAGACCUAUGAGUGCUAAUAUUAGAGUUAAGAAAACAUCUUAAAAAUCGUUAAUGGCAUAAACUGAUAAAAAUUGGUAGCCUAAAUAAAGUUUACUUUCAUAAUAAUAAUUUGAAGGUUUAACUGAUGAUGGCUUAAUAAAUGCUUCAAAUAAAUUUAAAACUUUUCUUAGAAAACCACCAACAAAAUAAACUGCUCUUAUAUACGUUGGUAAUUUGAUUAUUAAAAUUAGAAAAUGGAAUAUGGGAGAGUUCUAAAGAAUUUGAUAAAACUAUAAAUGCUAUAGGUAAAAAUAGAAAAUAUUUAUUGGAAAUCUUUAAACAUUUGACAUAAAAUGGAUAAAUUCCAUUAACAGAAGAUGUAACUAUUUACUUAUAAAUUUGAAUAGCUUAUAAAAUAAGAAAUGGAUAAAAUGUUAAGAUCUUAAGGAAUUGUUGUAAGAGAUGAAUAAUGGCCAUAACUUAUCUCUUGGUCUAAAAAAAAUGGCCGAAUUGAUUAUAAAUUUUUGCUUGAAGUUUAUAAAGAUCGUCUAAAUGGAAUGGAUACCUAACCCAGAAUAGGGGAUGAUGAUGAAUGAAUAUUUAUUUGAUCAGAGGUGCCAUAUUAUAAUAUUAAUUAAAUAAAAAUUUAAAAAAAAGCCCUUACCAGCUUUUUAAAAACAAAAGACUUCCAAAAAAUUGAAAAAGUAAAUCAAAGAUAUAAAGUAAUAUAGUGAGCAGUACCAAAUUCAGAGUUUUAAAAAAGUCUUAGACAUCAAACAGCUCUAAGUGUCUCUUUGUUCCAAAAAAUAAAGAACAUCAAUAAUUCUAUAUAACUCCACCUUCGAAAUAUAAGGUUAUUCUAUUAUUAAUCAUUUUAGAAUCCACUUAAAAACAUUGAAGAAUUAAAUAUAGAUUCUAACUGUUCGACUGAUAGCAGUCAACGUUUAGAAAAUUUAAGUCCUGUUUACUAUUGUCCAAAAGGAAAAGAACCAUGUGGUGAGUUAUCGGUAGUCUUAAAUGGUGAUCUGAUAUAAGUGAUUUCUUAGACAAAAAACAGAAAGAAAUCUAGAAAAUUCAGUGAUCAAGAGACUUAUGCAAUGAGUAAUUUUAUUGCUGGUCCAAAAUCUUAGGACAUCCCUUGCCCUUAGUUCAUUUGACCAUAUAUUAAUAUAUAAUAUUUCAAAAUAUCAUAUUCACAAC